CUGAUAACUCUUUCAUCAUGUCUAACAGCCUCCUUUAAACUGCAAAGCUGGCGAGCACAAUGGGAAAAAAACAAAACAAGAAGAAAGUGGAGGCGGUCUUAGAAGAAGAAGAGGAGGAAUACGUGGUGGAGAAAGUUCUUGACAGGCGGGUAGUGAAAGGCAAAGUGGAGUACUUGCUGAAGUGGAAAGGCUUUUCAGAUGAAGAUAAUACAUGGGAGCCAGAGGAGAAUCUCGAUUGCCCUGACCUAAUUGCGGAGUUCCUGCAAUCCCAGAAAACAGCACAUGAAAGUGACAAGUCGGAGGGAAGCAAGCGCAAGGCUGACUCCGACUCUGAGGAUAGGGGGGAAGAAAGCAGACCAAAGAAAAAAAGAGAAGAGGCUGAAAAGCCUCGAGGGUUUGCAAGAGGGUUUGAGCCAGAACGGAUUAUUGGUGCCACAGAUUCCAGCGGGGAGCUCAUGUUCCUAAUGAAAUGGUAAAUUUGUCCUUUAA